UUUAGGAUUUUAGAACAUUUUAAGAUUUUAACGUAUAUUUAGUACAGAAUGGCUGGCCGUGGAGGGCGAGGAGCUGCCCUUCUACAGGUAGGAAGUAAUAAUUUCUAAACAAUGAAGCUCUUCUAACAUUGUCAUUUGUCCCUUAGCUUGUUAUAUCUUUUGUAAACAGGCAUCGGACAAAACGUUUCAGUUAAUGUACCUUGCUACUACCUCAUUAACUAUUCUCUAAAUUAUCUCUGUCAAUGUUCCUCAUAAAAGCAAAAUUUCUGGCACGUGUUAACGGAGCAAAACUAGCCCAUCCGGGCUCGACUUGCUGUUUACUGUGUCUCAUCAUCCAUGAAGUGAGCAACACGCGCUUGUGUUACUUGGUGUCUCUUUGUGUUUUGUUCGAGCUUCUUUGCCCGGAGAACAAUAAAAUAAGGUGUAAAAGCGAAUUUUACGUAUUUUGCCCCUGUUCAAGUUAAUUUAUGAAGCUGAAAGAUGACGGGAAUCGUGACUAAAUUUCGUGUUUGCGCAAAGCAGGUUUUAUGUUUCCUGACGUCAAAGAUAGGAGAUGCUGCACAUUUGGACGUCAGAUCUCGAUUAAUUAACCUUUAUUCUUUUUAAAAUGAAUAGCUUGUUGCAUGUUGUUUCUGAGAAGCAUCUUUAUUCUGUGCCAUUAUUGAAGAUUUUAUUUUGAGUUCAAGUUUAUCCAACCGGAAAAGAUCAUUCUUUAACCUUUGUUUUGUCUGUGUUGUAUGAAUGCACAGAAAUUGUUUACUGUCCAAGCCCUGCUUAACCACCAUGGUAGGCCAGUAGCUGAAUGGUUGUUUUAAAAAGGGUUUAAAUUUAAAUACUAGGUUUUUUCAGAACAAAACUGAUAUCUUCACAAAUGACAAUAACAUUCAUAUUCUCAAACAAAAACUGUUGUUUUUCACAAAGAUUGUUUUUUUGCCUAAAACUUGUCAAGAUGGUUUGGUAAAUCAUUGGACAGUGUUUAUUUAAUAUGGUAAAUCCUCUAUUAAACCCCCCUUCUCAAAUAAACCCCUUCCCUCUAAUAAUCCCCCUCCCUUUUUUUAUGGGAAAGAAAGUUAACACGCCCUCUCCCUCCCCUAAUUAUUCUUCACUAAUGAAUGAUAGACUGUAUUAACCAAUCAUGACUGUAAAUCUUCAUGUUGACUGAUCUGGGAUGGUUUAUUUACCAAGUGGAAGUUCGGAUUUGAUUCCGAACCUUGGCUGCAUGACCUAAAACUUCUUGUACUGUACUUGAGCUUUUCCACUUUAUAUUCUACUCUAGUUCUUUAUGGAGAGAACUUUUCCCCCCCACUUAAAUAAGCCCCCAACCCUUUAUAUGGGCUUGUAUUAAAUAAGCUACUUGAGUUAAAAAUUAUAGGCAGAAUCUUUUGCAUUCAAUACCCAAAUUGUAUUUUGUUGUGUUCAACAAUAAUUUUUUUUAUCUGUUGAUCAAGUUGGGUAUGGUAAGUCUCAUAUGUUGGGAUAUGUGUCCACAAGUCUGAUCAGGUUCCAAAACACCCAAAGUGUAUAUAAUAAUGGUAGAAGCAGAGUCAGCCUUAUUCCUCAGCUUUAGUUCUCUAUCUUUAUUUAUUAAUCUCAUUCUUUAGUUUCAUUAUAAGAUUAAAUAAAUUAACCAAAGUAACAGUCACCCUGUCCAAUUUCCACUGGUAGCUUCUUAUGCAAAAAAAGAAAUAAUGUAAGCAAUUUAUUCUAUAUUUACCAAGGUUGAAAUAACUAAAAUUUAGUUGCUUUAAAAUGGUAAAGGAAAGCGUAAAAUAUUUUAUUGGCUAAAACAUAGCCCAACCUAAUUUGCCAGCAUUUAACAGCUGAUUAAGCCUUUGUGAUUUAGACUGAGAAAACCAUAUUGAUAAUAACUUCUUUGGCAAAGAUUAAUAUGUAAUGUUGUAAAGGACAGCUGCAAAGAAUUGUAUGCAUGCUUUAUGGGAAGAAAUAGAAUGUGUUAACUCCCAAGUGUGCACUCAACAUGAGUUGGUAGUUUCAUGCAGUCCAUGAUAUAAUCGUUGACUAGAAUUAUUUUCCUUGGUAGGCUUUAGAGCAGCCAGCAAGACCCCCAGGCCAAGCAGGUCAAAAUGGAAAAGUAAGUAAAUAGCAAUAGUGGUUUUUAGUGUAAUAAUAAAUGUUAGUUCUACCUGUAUGAUAUUAUCAUACGUGUUAACCCUUUAAGCCCUGGUAUCCAUAUACAAAUUCUCCAAACUGAUCUCCAUACAUUUCCUUAAAGAAUUAGUUGAGAGAAUUUGAUAAUAGAUCAAGGCAUUUUCUUUUGGUUGAUCAUUUUAUUAAUUCUCAUAACUUAUCUCUUGACAGUGUACGGAUAUUAUUAAGAAAAAAUUGAUCUUUGUCACUAUUGGGACUUAAAGGGUUAAACUAUUAUUUCUCUUUGGAGGCCCCAUAUGUUAGUAUAAAUUAAAUUAUGUAGUAAAAUAUUUUUAUAUGCUACAAUGAAAAACUUAAUAGGGAAAGAUUCUUUUAGGAUAGUAAGAAUAAGCUGUAGAAAGAAGCGCUGUUUGUAAUCUCUUGAAAAUCUGGAUUUUAUCCAUUUGUGUAAGACACAUCAAGUUCUCUUUGUACCAAUGAAGGAAAAUGAAAUUCACAUGUGCUUUAAUAUUUUGUGAAGUACAAUGUCAUUUGCAUAAUGAAACUUUUUUUUUUCAGAAUGGUCAAACAACCCAGCAGGGACCUCCACAACCAGGACCCACACAGUAUGGUCAGUGGCAACCAUAUCAACAGCAAUAUCAACAACAGCCACCCUAUCAACAGCAGCAACUGUCUUACCAAGGACCUCCACAACAAGGACCUACGCAGUAUGGUCAGCGUCAACCAUACCAACAGCAGUAUCCACAACAGGGUCCUUAUCAACAGCCACAACAGCAAUAUCAGCAAAGGCCACAAAUGCCAUAUCAGCCAAGAGGUUCACAGCCCUAUCAGCCAUAUCCUCAGCAGCAAGGACCACCACAGUCAUACCAACCACAACAGCAGUAUUAUCAGCAAAUGCCAGGUAUGUUACACCUUUGUUCAGGGACUGCUUUAGUUUGCAGUGAACUUCUUCAAGAGUUACUGGUAAUGUUAAGUGCAGUAGUCGUUGGUUCCAAGCUGUUAAUCCCUCAGUACUUGCCAUUUGUUUUGAUGAUGACUUCAUUUCUUUGAGAAGAGAGUGAGAAAACGUCCUAUAGCCAACUAUCAAAAGGGUAAAAAAAAUGGAUCUGCCAUCUGCCUUUCAGUGAGUUCCAGGUUUUGAUUGUGAGAUAGAAAGUUACAGUAAUCUCAAAAUGUUUAUGUUGAGUAUUACAGGGUACAUUGUAGUGUUUAUUCCACAGCACAGCACUGUGUUGUGAUGUGUAUGUUACAGGUCAAAAUUACAUUCAGGUUAAAAAUUUUUUAACCUAGGUUGAUUCUCAAUUUUCUUUGUCUUCUAGCCCUAAUUCAUGAAUAAUUAGGGCUAGGAGACAAACAAAAUUGAGAAUCAAUCCAGGUGAAAAAAUUUUCGCCUGAUUUUAUUUCUGGCCUAAUUUGAUGUUCAGGGGGAAAGGUCUAUGCUGUUGUUGAAUAUGGAAAAAGGGGUAUUUCUUGGUUGGUGGUUGUUGUAACACUACACAAUACCCACACUGCAAUCUAUUGCAUUGAAUCAUAUGGUGACUCUACCUUACCCAACACCUAGAAAUGCUACAAAAACUUUGAAGAGUAUAUUUACAGCAGUGAAAUGAGAUCUUUGAUGUUUUGUUUUUAGCUGGCCGUGGUCAAAUGUAUGGACGUGGUGGACCCACAUAUGGAGGGCCAGGACCAGACUAUGGCCAACAAUCUGCUGCAGCUCCUCCACCUCAACAGAUUCCAUCAUAUGGAAGAGGUAAAAAAUAUCUGGAUCCUUUCUACUUUACUCUAUUUCUUUAACCUGUCCAAAAAAAUUUUUAAACUGAACUCUAAAACACUUCUAGACUCUCUGCUGCAAAAUGUGAUUCUGUUCUACCUUAUUGGUACUUAAUUUCACAGGUACUGAAUUUAUGGUGAAUUUUCUACAAGGGUAUUCAAUUUUUCUUGUUUAAAUUUCAUGAGGAUUCAAAUUUGUGGGUCUUUAAUUUUGCAAUUAUUUUUACAAUUACAGAAAAUGCGAACAUUAAAGGCCUGCGAAUGUAAGUACCAAUAAGGUACCAAACUGAUGGCCAGGGGUUUCAUUAAGGUUUUGAACAGGAGGGCAACUGGGUUUGACAUCUGGGCAAAGAAUCUAGACAAUUUAUUCAUGAUUUGAUACCAAUAUCCACCGCCCAAAGUAGUUCCCAAUCUUAUUGAGACAUUUCAGAUGAUCUUUUAUGGAGUACAGUUCUUUUUGUAAUACAUUAUGGGACGAUUCUUGUUUUUAGCACGUAACAAAUGAGCGGAUUUUAUGCUGGGUGUGAUGAAGUGAAAAUUUGACGGUAAAGUAUGUUUUAUGUUCGAGAAGAUGCAUCGAGAAAAGGGCACAAUUGUAUAAUUUACUUAAAACUGUUUUUGAUCGUUCCUUGUGUUAAAAAAAAAGUUCUCUAAGAAGUAAGCAGCCAUGCAAAGUUGUGUUCACAGUCAGUCAGUUUGCCCGGUGCCCAGCCCUUAAUGAAACUCCUGGAUGGCAGGUGAGUCAUGCAGGGCAUGAUAGUCUUGUGGUAGCAGUUUGCUCUUUACCUUGUAAGAGUGGCAAAAGCCAAAAAUUUGUGUGACUGUUCACAACUGCCUUUAUAUAUAGGGGCACAAAUUUACCUUGGUUUAAAAUUUAUUCCUUUUUGUUUUUGGUUUCAAUAAUGUAUAAUAAUACAUUUAAAACUAAAGAGAAUAACAUUUUGACUAAGGACAAAAGUGAAACACAACGUAUAGAUAAAGAUAUGUUGUGAUUCGCUAGUUUCAAAUUUUAUCUUAACAGUACCGUACCCCAAAAAUAAUAAAAUAAAAUUUGACUCGAGGACAAAGAGAACCACAGCAUAUUUGCUUUUGGGUAUGAGUAAGUUGUUACUCUGUAUUAUUUUUGUAGGUGCACAGAUGGCAGCAAUGUAUGGCAGAGGUGCCCCUGCUCCAUCUAGGGAGGCGCCUUAUGGUCGCGGUGGACCAAUGGGAGACAUACCUCAACCUGCACAGCCUACUGCACAGCCUACUGUUCCAUCAGGUAGACGCCCAUCUCCACCUGAGGCUCAGCAAAGGCGUCCCUCCCCACCCCAAGCACAACAGAGGGGCCCUGAGGUAGGUUUCUCCUGUUGAUACGAAUUUACAGUUAGAUGUCUGGUGAUUUCAAGCCCUUGUAAACCACUCUACUGUAAUUCAACAAAAGAGAGUUGAGCAGCACAUUAUCCCAAGUCUUUGUCAACAUCAUCCCCAGGGUCUACAAAAAGGCACUCAUGAUAUGCCAGAAAUCAGGGAGUAUUUCGCAAUAAGCAGUCACAUCUGUUUUAUUAAUUUAUUAUUAUUGUCUCUAUUAUCAAGUCUUUGCUGGUGUUCUUUUUGUGCAUCAGCCCGGGUGCAAACCAUGCACCUAGAGCGUCAGUCACUCAAGGCAAUCAUUCUGUUCAUACACUGAGCACCUUUCUGAGGAUUCGUGCAGAUCGCAGCAUGCAGAUCUUUUGAAUCUCUGUCAUAUUAGCUCUUUCUGAUACUUUCUUGAUGUUUUCUACCAUACCCUUCUUCACUGUACCAAGCACACCAACAACCACAGGGAUCACUAUGGUUUUCAUAUGCCACAUUCUCUGUAUUUCUAGUUCUAGGUCUUUGUACUUGCAUUUUUUUUUCAGUUUCCUUCAGUGCGAUGUUUCUAUCUGAUGGAACAGUCAUAUCAAUUAUUAUUAUUAUUAUUAUUAUUAUUAUUACUAAUAUUAUUAUUUUAUUUCUGUUCAAAAAGAACCAAACCAUUGCUAGUGAUGAUGUGGACAUGUAUAGUGAGGUGAUUAUGUAUUUAAACUGAUUUAGAUUUUUUGCAUUGGUUUUUCAGGUCCCUUCAGCACAGAUGGCUGGAAUGAAAUUAACUGAUGAUGUUCUUAAAACGUAUGUAUUUGUUCAGGGAAGAAUAAGAACUCAUGAAUCUGUUAAACUGGCAAUUACAAGAAAGGGUUUCUCUUAAAUUCCAAAAUAAAGCGUCAAAUGGAAAAGAGAGCUUGUUUGUUACACAACAUUUGUUUAUUUUGAAAUAUAUCCCAUUACCUUGGUUGCCUGGGAGUAUUCUUGUCAUAUUAUUGGACCAAAAAAAAGCAAGUGACACUCUGUGCCACUAGUUUCCUCAGUGAUGUGGUUCAAUUUUUACACUUGCAAUAUAAAGACAGUUACGAUCUCUUUCAGUCUAGCUCACAUUUUGGUGCUAUGGCUGAUCAUUUUAACUGAUACAUCAAACUUCUUUUUUUUAUCUGUUCACCUUAAAUGCUGAGUUAUAUUUGAGCAAUGAUAUGUGACCGUGCACGGGAAAACGUACCUUAACGCUUAUCCGUUAGACAAGCAAAAGCGUUAAGCAUCCGUUAGUCAUCCGUUAGAAAGUUUUCUUAAGAACGUUAGAGGCGUUAGCCCAGCUGUUAGACGUUAGCAUGAGGCCGUUAGAACGGACAGUGUAACCGUUAGCAAGAGACAUUUAGCUGUUAGCAUCAGACCGUUAGACGGGUCAGCAUAACCGCAAAAACUCUGCAUCCGUUAGCACGGCUAGAGAAGCCGUUAGGAUCCGUUAGAAUAAACUAGCAUCCGUUAAACGGGUAACGAUUGAUUGAUAAAUACAACUCGAAUGAAUUCAAUGAAGCCUUCAUACUAUAAUAUACACGAUCCAAAACAAACCACGUUUGCCGACAAGUAAAAUCAUAACAACGAUCGACAUUAUAUGAACUGUUUAUUUAUUUGGCAAAGUCCGGUUGUUUCGAGAGCUUGUAUUUUGUACUGUAAUUUCUAUUUUCUACGACCUGCGAGGUGGGAUCCGAAAUAAUCAAUAACCUUCUUCCGUUCCCUUUAAUCGCUAUUUGCAAUCAUUAAAAUAAUUAAGUGGUCUUUGUCGUUCGAACUGAAGUAGAAUAAUAAUUAUUAUUUGGUUUCAAUUCACAAAGUGCGGGUUCAAAAAUUUGCAUAAAGUUGUUUACAUUUUCCAAGAUGUGAGAAACGGCCAUAUUCCGGCUGAAAGGUUGAUGAAUAUUUUGAUAGACUUUUGUCUAACUCUGAAUCAGACGAAUCUAUUUUUAAACUACAUGCAUGUGACGAAAACAACUUUAUCUGGUGAAACUAGCGCCAACACGUCGUCGCUUCGAGACUAGCUUCGUGACUUCAAAAGGCAGGGCUUUUCACAUGCUCGGUUAAGAAAGAAAGCGUAAUCUUUCGCGAAUCCACGGCUGGCCCGGGUAAAAGAGUUAAUUUAGAAAAACUCUUGACAGAGUCAUGGUGUAAAAAUAAGUACAGGUGACAAAUCCAUUUGAGUAAAACAAUAAAAAAUGUUCACGACUGGUGAUUAAAAUUGUUUACACAGGUUUAGUGACGUUAGGUUUGCUUCUCACACAAUAUUAAAGGACUCAAAUUCUGAGUUUCUCCGUCUCGAUGAGAAAGUGAAAGUUUAUAUCCCUGAGUUUUGCUCUCGAUUAAUGCUCACUGUGGAAAUAUUUUUUUUAAUGUUUGUCUCAUCGAUGACUGAUGAAAUCGGCACUUUGUGACUCUUUUUUUUUUUAAAUCGCGAGUGUAAGACUAGUAAUGGUUUUGCACGAUCAUGUGUUUAUAAUAUCGGACUGAAAGUAACUGUUACGCUAUUCGUUUGUUAAAAGUCCUUAGAUGUAAACCGUUAGACACAUGUUAAAAGUCCCUAGAUGUAGAGCGUUAGACAACCGUUAAACGGCUCCAGUCAUCCAUUAGAACAAACUGCGUAACCGUUAGAACGUUUUCUUCAUCCGUUAGACAUACUUAGUUAGCCGUUAGACCGUUAGGAGAAAGCGUUAGAACGUUUUGAUCAUCUGUUAGGCACAACUAGAUAACCGUUAGAAGGUUAGGACAAAACGUUAGAAUGCUUUGAAGGCCGUUAACAAUCCAUUAGCUAUCUGUCCGUUAGAGAGCAUUUAACGGAUAAGCGUUAAGGUACGUUUUCCCGUGCAAGGUCACAGUACUUUAUAAAUAAUUUGGUGGGAUAGUAGUUUUUCUGUCACUUUCCUUAAUUACUUAUCUCAAGAAUUUUACGCUUUCCUGUUCUAUUCCAAAGACCUUGAUUUAACUUUUAUUUCUUCCUUUUGUUUUACAGUCAAACAGGUGAAAAAGGGACUGCUGGCAAACAGUAAGUUGUGUGUAGUCCAUAGGGAGUUUACACAACAUUGAUAACUGUAAUGAAGACUUCACUAAGAGUCAUUUUUUAUCUUUGAAACUUUUGUCACAAAGAUUCCAGAUCUUUAAGUUUGUCAAAAAGUGGUGAAUUUUCCUGGAGUUGAACACUUUAGGACCAUAAUAUCUUAGUGUAAAAAGUGAAAAGAGAAAUUUUUGUCUGUCACAGUCACAGCAUCACUAAAAGUUUGUAUCAGGAAUUUUCAUGUCAUAGUUGUGCAGAGUUGUUGUUUUGCUCCUGUAAGGCUUUGUUUAUUAUUAUUAUUAUUAUUAUUAUUAUUAUUAUUAUUUAUUAUUUUAUUUUUUUGACAUUCUUGUUCCUGUCAUUUUGCAGCCCCACAAACUCCCUAUAACAAAUGCAGGGUAGUACUGCAUUUGGCAAUCAUUAGUAAUUAAUGGAUAGACUCUAAGAGUGUUAGUCAUAAGUAAUGGUUACUUGGUUCAAGCUAUUAAUGAAUUUUUUAUUGUCCCUCUUCUGUCCCUAUAGAACUUCACUGAGUGCCAACUUCAUCCCAAUCCGAUUCAUAGAAAGACAAAUUUACCAAUACCAUGUCUCUUUUAGGUAAAGUACAAUAACUUAAUAUGAAGUGAGUUUGAGUAGAUAGAGGUAUCAAAAUUGUAGAGAAGUUGCAAGGUUGUGCUCUACAAAAAACUGUAGGAAGCCAAAAUCUCUGAACCCGUGAAAUCCAACCAGCAUAUAGAUGCCCAGCAUUUCAGUCUUGUGCCAAAACUGAUAUUUUUUUGUCACUAAAUGGCAUGUGAGUCACCAGACUGCAAGAACACGACCCUGCAUUGUAAAAAUUUCUAUCUUCAUCAUAAUUACCAGGGCUCGAAAUAAAAAAAAAUCCUCAGGUUGCCUAGAAAUAUAGUAGCCAGAUGCAGGUUUUUAGUUGCCAGUUUGUAUAAUGUAAAUGACACAGCUUAUAGUAUCAGGGCUUCUCAUAUUUAGCGUCUUCACGGAGCCAUGAAAUUCAGGUAAACCUGUGAAAUCCCGCAAAAUUCACAAGAACAUGCGAAAUACGACAAAAUUCGCUAGAAAUCUUAUCAAAUACAUGUCGAUACAACAUAUUUGAAUCUUAUCUUGGCUAUUGGGGCUGUUAAUUACCAUAAACUUGCAAAUUUAUCUUCAAACUUCAUCGCCACAACAAAUGAACAACGUCCCAAACCUACCAGGCGUAAAUUAUGCUGCAAAAAAUUGGGCACUAGUCAUAAUGUUAAUAGCUUUGCCAUUGGCUCAUUUUCUGAUCGCUUUGUUGUUAGAAUAGCAACACGCUCAUCAAAUCAGCGCAAAGUGAUCAAUUUUGAGAAAAAUUUGUCCAGAAAAUUCCCACGAAAUCAGCCAUUUUUUACUGAUUGACUUCUGGUGAAGUUAGCCCCGAAAGUUUCCUCAAAUCUGUCUCUGAAAAUUCUGCGAAAUUUGACUUCCAUGACCUAUCAGAAGCCCUAUAGUAUGGUGAAAUCCAUCAGAUUUGAUUGUUUGAAAAUAUCGCGGACAGAAGUCAUUAUAAAUUUGGAGGUAAACUGGCUUUGUUUAUGUGAUUUGGCACAUUUCUUAUGACGAAAGCAAAGCAAGAUAAGAUGAAAUGUUUGUUAUAACUUUACUCUUUUAAUUUAAAUCUAAUUCAUGGAGCUGCACUUUGCACUUGUACAUGGAUAACCAAAGUAAUCUGGUCGCCAAAGUGGUGACUAAACCAGAAUUUUUAGUCACCAAGAAGAAAAUGUUAGUCACAUUGGCGACUGUAUCAGUUGCAAUUGCAAACCCUGAUUACCAUAGUGCAUCAUCUCAUUUCAUGCAUCACUUGUUUGCGUGCUCGGUCUUUGUUUACGUUGUUACUACACUGUAUGCCAUGCAUUUUACUCACUAACUCAUAGUAUUUACUCUUUGUACUUUGCAGUCCAGAAAUUGACAGUAGAAAAGCCCGACAUGGCCUUCUCAAGGUCCAUACUGAUGUUUUGGGAUCUGCAAGUGCUUUUGAUGGUUCUAUCCUUUUUCUUCCAAAGGAACUAAAGCCAGUAAGUUGGUUCUAAUGGGUGUUAUUUGGGUCACUGAAAACAUAGAAAGUCAUCAGAUUUAUAAAUGCCCAUAAAACCACACGGAAAACUAUGUUCAUUGUGCAAACUUACCAAGAAUAAUUCAAUAUAACAGUUAAACCUCCACAUCUUAAGUGACUGUUUAUCCACAAUACCAUAAACAUUUUCCCAAUCAAAACACUAUAGUUUAGACUUCCUGUAAGUGACCAUGAAAUUUUGACUGUAUAAUUUGGUCAUUUCAAACAGAGAGAAUGACUAAAUCCAUAGGCUGGUGGAAUGUGCAAUUAUGUUGUAGCAGAGUAUGAUGGCUGAAAUGCACUGGUAAAAUUCUGCUUUUCUAAGACAGAAUAAAUUCAUAAAGAAGUGUGAUAGUCUUUGUAAAAAGCAAAGUGUAUCAUCAAUGAUCUUUUUAUGCAUUUACAUUGAUCUGGGGUUUCAUGAUAGUUUUAGCAGGAGAGGGCAUCAGACAAGGGUGCAUCAUCAAGGCUGUGCUCUAAGGAAAAUUGAGGGGAGCCCAGUGCUCUUAACCUGUAAAAUCCAGGGUGCCCAGCAUAUGAUUUGUAUGAAAAAUCUGAGAUUUUCUAGUCGCCCAAGAGAAAAAGUUAGGCGCCAGGGGCCACCAGGGUCUGCUAGAGCACAGCCCUGAUCAUAAGGUGGAACUUUAUAUCCAAAGUACCACAGUUUAUUCUUGAUUUUUUUCCACUCACAGACAACUGUUCUGGAGUCACAGAGGAAAACAGAUGGAUCAAAAGUGACCAUUACUGUGACUCUAACACGUGUAGUUCCUCCUGAUGACUGCUUGCAGCUACUAAAUAUUAUUUUUAGAAAGUAAGAUUAUGUUAUGUAUACUUGUUUUCUUUAGUGGUGAUAUGUUGUUCAGUUUGGACUUGAGCUAUACAUGUACAUUCUAAAAGAUUAUUCAUUAAAAAUUGCUUAUUAUAGUUACUGGUCCUGAUGUUAAGUUUUUCCGGGAUCUAGUUGAUUGGCUCCUAAAUAUUUCAAUUUGGUGGACACCUAGCAGGGUGCAAAGAAAGUCAGUUUUACAGCUUGUCCUUCGGGCAAGCUGAAGCUAACAUUUACUAGCCCAAACAUCAUUUCAACUAGCCUCAAAAGCAUUUUGAUGAACAGAUUGAUUUGACAGUUCUUCUGUAAUUGGUUCUUCAAAAACUUUAACAGUAAUUCUAAGCCAUUUCAAAAUCACCUAGCCCCAGGCUAUCAGACACUACUUUUUUGCAUGGAAUCCAGGUUUUUUUUUUUUCAAUCCACUUUAAAUGAGUAAAUUGGUUUAACAUAACUAGCUCUUUGCAACCAGUUUCCAAUUUGAUAAAAAUGACCUCUUGGGGAAAAGCAAAUUGGUUCAAAUUAUCAUGAGGUUUGAUAAAAAAUGAGGGAAAAUUACAGUGCUUGACUGGUGAAAGGAAAAUAGCUUUGGUUUAAUUCUGCUCUAGUACUGACUUCAUAGUUGGUAAAUGAUUUGAUUUCAUUCUUUUGCAUUCAGAGUGAUGAAACAGCUGCAGUUAAAGCAAGUUGGGCGUUAUUACUAUGAUCCAAACAGACCUGCUAGUAUUCCACAACACAAAAUAGAACUGUGGCCUGGUUAUAUCACUUCUAUUCAGUGUUAUGAAGGUAAUGGGUAUAGCACUGGGACAUUAUACAACUUUUCUACCCUCCUAAUGGGGCUCAAAUUUCAUGUUGUAGUUAGUUAAUCAUUCACUUUAGCCAACAGAAGUAAUUGCAGGUAGUGUCUGUGUAUUAAAUCUAAGAUUCUCACCUUUGACAUUGGAAAAAUAAAUGAAAUAUUGCUCUUGUAAUACUUUUUGUAAAACUUCCAAUCUUUCAUUUUCUGGACUAGGGAGGACUGGGGCAAAUAGUCUGUAAGAAAUAAAAUGUAAGAAUGCUUACAGUGUCUUUCUCAUUGCUACUUUCAAUAUUUUAAACCUAAAGAUUGUCCAGCAACAUGCAUUGAAUUUUAUAUGUUCAUUGUCUUGCAUAGUUUGUAAGUUCAGUUUCAGCAUUCAGCUGGAUGGACAUCACCAUUAUUGUUCAUCAUGUGCAACCCUUAAAAUAUUCUAAGAUCUUCUUGAUUACAGUAUUUUUUGCUGGUCUUAAGAAAUUUACUAGAAGAAAAAAAAAAGUCAGGUUAAUUGAGUUCCAGCCAAUUGAGCUUUGGCUGUACUCUCUCUUCCGAGUUUGUACAAAUAUUAACAUUUGUAGAUUUGUUCUUUACUCCAGAUAAGGGGGUUGACCACACCCUUAGAAUCUCGGAUACUAUCACCCUCUUUCCAUUGAUCAGAUUGUUUUACAAAAUAAUUUGUUAUGUAUUAUAAUAAUUAUUCUUUGCAGGUGGUAUGAUGCUUUUGUGUGAUGUAUCACACAGGCUGCUUAGAACAGAAACAGUUUAUGAUUUUAUGUAAGUUACACAAGUUUCCCAGUAGCUUCUGAUGUUCACAUUUGCAAUUCCUUAAAAUUAUUUUGUUAUUAAGAACUGUGCAUUUUUUAGGAAUUUGUAGUUUAGGGUGCAUUGCAAACUUUGGUCUUAAAAUGUCAAGUUUAUGACAAUUCCUAAAAGUUAUACUUAUUUUGUUAUACUGAACUGUGCAUUUUUUCAGACACGUCUUGAUAAAAACCUAGUUCAAGUGGCAUAAAACGUGAUGUUUUCGGUGGAAAUCCUGAAUGAUGCCAGUGGUUUGAUUCUUUUUUACGCAUUGCACAAAUUAAUAACUGGUCAAAAAUUUUUGGUUUCUUUCCCUCCGAAGAUGUUUUUACAUGCAAGUUUUCACCAGCGUUUUGCUUGGGGGCGCAUGAUUGGAUUCUUAGCCGGAAACAGGUGAAGGAAGGGCAUCGAUGUUUAUCUUACUGACAUCACGGGGUUUAAAAUUAUCGGAUGCAGAUUCUAUGCGUUACUUUACUCAAGGUCUUCAGCCUCACAUUCAAAGUUAUUGUAAUAUAAUGCAGCUCAUAUCAAAGAAUUAGUGGGUAAUCAUCAGAGUGUGCCAGAUACACAAUCAAUCAAUUCAAGAUGACUAGGUGAAAACCAUUGAUUUUAUGGAACCGAUUCUUUUUCUAAACAACUUAAACAACUGGGAACAGGUGUCAAUUUUCUGAAACAAACAAGGAUCUUUGUAAUAUAAUGCAGCUAGAUUCAAGAUGACCCAUCAAUUUUCUGAAACAAACAAGGAUCUUUAUCCAUAACCCCCCCUUGAUACACAGAAACCACACAAACGGAGGCCACCCAGACAAAAUUUGAGCAAUUUAUUUCAUUGUUUUGAUCUCGACUUGUGAUUGGCUAAUUUCAAAAUUUGUCUCAAAAUUUUGUCUGGGUGGCCUCGGUUCGUGUGGUUACACUGUAAAAAUUUAUAAGAUCAGGAGGUUAAGAAUUCUACUUGCAACUUGGCAACUAAUUUUCAGUGGGUAAAAUUUUGGUUCAUUUGCUUGUAUCAUGAGUGUAAUUUUCAUGCUAUGAAGAAGAUAAUUUUUCCAAGUGUACUUUUUGAGUUUUGUUGUUGUUGUGUCAACAGGAAUGAGUUGUAUGCUAAAAGGAAAGAAAGAUUUGAGGAAGAGACUAAGAAGCAGCUUGUUGGAAAUAUUGUGUUAACCAGGUUAGUUAAGGAUGUAUUGUGGUGUCCAUUUUGUGUCUGACUAGGACUGUAAUGCUCUGUGGUUCUUUUUAAGGCUGCAUUCAAAUCAGAUUCAUGUACACAAUUUCCAAGUUCCAAAUAACGGCAAUUUAACAAGUUUUAUGCCAGAUGGCAUUUAAGUGUUACUUCAUUUCUUUAUUGUUAUUUUUGGGGGUUUUCACAUGAGGUCACCAAAAUUCAAACUGAGAAAAAAAUUAAUUGUUCUGAGUUUCUACUUUCAGCACCUAAAAACCUUAAUUUACACAAAUUUUCGGUUCCAAAGGGUUCUUCAUUUUGCGAUAGAAGAGGCUUGAAUUUCCAGGCUUGCGUGACUCAACAUUUAGCUGGCUGACUCUUGGCAAGGCUUUUUGUAUAUUUACCUUCUUUCAUUUCCCAGAUUCCGGACUUUCUGUAUUGACUAGUUUGCAUUUUAUUUUUGAUGGUGUGACAGUGAAAACACUGCAUUAAAAUUACCAUUUCUCUUUUUGCCAAAAGGAUAUUGCCUUGUAAUAAACUUAAACUGGUUGCCUUGCAUAUGUUGAGGGUAGUAUCUAUAGCUUGAAAGGAAAUUGUGAUUAAAAUGGCGUUGCAUAUCCAGGGUUGUCAUUAAGAGCCGGGGGCCGGGUAUUUUCCACAGCUACUAAGAGAGUGGCCCCUGGCUACUUUUAUUGGAAAAUAGAAGAAAAAUAGAACCAAAAGAAAUCCCUAGCCAUUUGAUUCCCCGCCUACUUGUUGUAUUUGCCCGGCAACUUGAAAUCUUAGUGACAACCCUGCAUAUCUAAUAAUUUAAUUUGGGAAAGUUAUAAAACAUUGUUUCAGUAUGCCUCAUGUUAGCUUUGUAUUGUUUUUUGAAAAAUGGAAUGCACACACUAUCAGAUGUUAAACAGUUGGGUCACCUGGACAGAUGAAAGUAGCUGCUAGGAAAGUCUGAAACCCUUUCCUUGUUGUGGGCUUUUUUAACCCGGGGAGGGGGUACUUGGGUUAAUUUUUGCGGGUAUGUGCUGCUGGCCUCUCAAAACUUCUACCCCAUUAUAGUCUAUUCUGUGGCCAAUUAUUAAAGACCCAUCUUAGUCACUGUUGGGCAAAUUGAACUUUUGCGAUCCCAACUUCGUCACUUUCUAUUUAUGUAUCUACCAUAUCAAUCCUUUAAACAGGUCAUCCUAAAAUGAAUUUACACAUCUAGUUUUAAAUUGAAUGAAGAACACUAUACCUUUCACCCACAGUACAAACAUUCUGGUACGUUUGCUAACCGCAAAUAUGAAGACUGAACUUUUGUACCCCCCAAAAUCCAAAAAUGUGCAAUCCCACUAUAAUCAAUCCAGUCGUGAAAAUGCGACCCCAUCCAGCGGCACAUCCCCAUUAGCCUCCUAUAAGGAAGUAACCCUCUGGGCUUUUUGAUCCCUGAGAAUUAAUUACCUUAUGUUCUUGUAAUGCAUUACUGUAACAUUGUGUUCUUUUAUCCUUAUCAGAUAUAACAACAAGACUUACAGAAUAGACGAUGUUGCCUUUGACCAGAACCCAAGAUGUAAAUUCACAUUCCACACUGGGGAAGAAAUGUCCUACAUGGAUUAUUACAAGUAGGUUAUUUAAUCAAUAAAAUUUACUGGUACUUCUAUUAGUAAGAUAGGCAACACAUUAUAAUUUCAUUAUUGGUAGGAGAACUGUGUUUAUUGCUUGGUCAGAAAAAUCAUUUUCAUUUUUUUUAGGAAAGUGUACAAUAAAGACCUCCAUGAUCCUGAACAGCCAUUGCUUGUUCACAGGCCAAAAGAAAAAGAACUCCAAAGAGUAAGUUUCAGUACAAUACUGCUCAGUAUACCUCAGAAGGUUUUAACUUUUCUGACUUUGGUAUUACACAGGUUGUUUUUUAAAGUGUAAUUACUGAUAUUUUCUUUGGCAGCAGCAAGCAAUUCCCAUACUUACCUAUCAUCUCCUACUAUCUCAUUUUAGGGCAAAGGUAGGAAACCAGGGCUUGUGUGUUUGAUUCCUGAGUUGUGUUACAUUACCGGUUUAACUGAUGCUAUCAGACAAGACUUCAGGGUGAUGAAGGUAAGACACCCACUUUCCUGUACAAAUUUUGGUUAUAGAGGUCAUUGUACUCAAGAGAAAACAAAGAACCACUAGACCCAAGACAUGUCUUUGAGGGGGCUGUUGAAUAGCAGGAUAAGAGAAGAAUGCAAAUUCACAUUGGCUAUUAAGAUUCCAAAUAGGUGUUUAAUGGGCUACCUCACUAAAUGGAAGGUGGGUGCCUAGGGUAUCCAGAGCCAGCUGCUAGAUAGAGUCCAUCCCAAUAUUAAUAGCUGACAAAUCUUGAGCUCCUAUUCCAGGCACCUGUCUCAGUGAUGAAUCUGUGGAAGGGGACUUGGUAGGUUUGGUUGGGGAAUACCAAAACAACCUCUUCAAAUGCUCCGUGCAUGACAAAGCAACAACAUUCCAUGUGAGCCUACACUUGUGAGUUUGAACACUAUCCAGUGGGGAUUGUUAGGCUCUGGGUAGUUAACUUUGUUCAUUUUUCCAUUGAACUGAAUUUAAUGUUCUUAUUAUUUUAGGAUAUCGCAGCUCAUACAAGAGUGAGUCCUAUGCAGAGGCAACAAGCGAUGAUGAAGUUUAUAGAAAACAUCAAUUCCUGCCCGGAGGUAAAGUUUGCGUUUUCUUUUCUACAAUUUUAAUUUAAUAAAAGAAGGCUAUUUGCCAGUUGUAGCACAUUUAUUAUAUGAUAAUUCAGUUGUGCUCCUCAGCGAGUUUAAGGCCUAUUCUACCCACACAUUUUCAUCACAAGCUUUGGUUUUUUAUGUUAAUAUUUAAACCAGAAACUCCUUUGUAACUGGUACCAAGCGUGAGUAGUGAGUAAACGUUUUACACACCCAUCUAAUAACUGUUGUUUUUCUCUUUUUAGGCUCUGCAUGAACUCACAUCUUGGGGCGUUCAACUUGAUCAGACGAUGCUUAGAGUAAGUUAAUAAACUAAGCAUGUUAUGUGAAUGGCUGCUAAUAAAGUAAUAAUAUUUUUCUUUGUAGAAGGAUAUACUGUUUUAGUUGUCUUGUAAGACACAACCUGUUUUUAGGCACAUGAAGCACCUCCCUAAAAGAUAGAUACCUCUGUUUUGCCAAACAACUAGUCAUCAAGAUUUUGUGGUGUAUUUAAUGAUACAGGUGGUUUCAGGGUUCAACGAAAGUCAGUUUUACAGCCUGCCAUUCGGGCAAGCUGUAGCUAGCAUGUACUAGCCCACAAGUCAUUUCAACUAGCCGCAAAAUCCUUUUUGAUUGGCAGGAUUGAUAACAAUCCUUCUAUAAUUUGAAUUUCUCCCAAAAACAGCACUUGCCCGUCGGGGAAGUUAAGAACAAAAAACACUAGCCCAAUAGCAAAAUCCACUAGCCCUGGGCUAUCGGACACAACUUUCUUUGCACGCUGGGUGGUUUUCACCCCUCCAUCACAGCCGUGUCAUGAUAUGUCCCAUUACUAUCACAUUAACAAAUUACAGACUGUAUCCAUUAAGUGCAGUAAAGAAGUUUAUUUUGAUGCAAAUUUUAAGAUUUUUUUAACAUUCCCAUCUGAAUGAGGUAACUUAAGUAAAUCUGGAUUUGAUUCAUAUAUGUUUUACCUUAUUUUAGACUGAAGGAAGACAGUUGCCUUUAGAAAAGAUUAUUCUUGGUAGUACAUCAUUUCAAUCAAGCCCUCAAGCUGAUUGGGGUCAACAGGCAGUCAAGGAGCAAGUCAUCACUGCUGUUCCUCUUCAAAACUGGGUUGUACUUUAUGUCAACAGGGACAGGAGCAAGGCCAAUGAUUUCAUUACCAUGAUGAAAAAAGUAACUCCUUCCAUGGGCAUCCAUGUAAGAGGAAAUUACAGUGUUUUCUUCUUGUGUGUUUCUCUAAUCCUUACAAACUAGUAUGGAACACUGUAGUAGACCUCAAAACACCAUUAUCCUAUUAUUAUCCUGUAACCUUGCAUUUGCAAGCUUAAAGACUUAGUUGUUGUGGCCCUUCUCAUACAUUGUGAACUUCAGAGGCUCUUUUGAGUGAGCUUUCAUGUUGCCAUGGUAAUAAUCAUGAUGCAAAGUAUUUUUUCUUUUACAUUUUGUUGUGUUAGAACUUUAUCUUUUACAGGGAACUCUUGUGAACCACCUUAACCAAGAAGAAUGAUAAAAACACAACUGCUUAACUAAUGCCAGUACAGUCUGUUCUAGCAUCAGCAUUAGUUAUUUCUUGGUUAUUUCUCUUUCUAACAAUUCCCCUUUUAUGUGUGCUGUCUUUCUGUCUUGUGCACCACAUGCUUAGCAUGUCUGUAAAUUUACUUACCAGGACUGUCAUUAAGAGGUGGGGGCCAAGGAUUUCCCUCGGCUACUUUCAUAGGAAGAUAGAAGAAAAAUAGAACCAAAAGAAAUCUCCAGCCGUUUUAUUCCUCGCCUACUUGUUGUAUUUACCCGUCAACUUGAAAUCUUAGUGACUUCUCUGCUCACCUAUUUUUAUUUAACCAUCCUUUAGAGAGAAAUUUGAGUCCAACCCUUGUUGAGAUUAACUCCUUCUCUGGGUGCUUGUUGUUUCUUUAAGGUUCAAGAUCCAAGGAGUAUAGAAUUGGCAAAUGACAGAACAGAAACUUACCUACGGAGCAUCAGAGAACACCUGACUCCUCAUGUUCAAAUGGUAGUGAUCAUUUUUCCCACAUCAAGAGAUGACCGAUAUUCUGCAGUGAAGAAGCUUUGCUGUGUUGAGAGCCCUGUUCCCUCGCAGGUAAGUCUCUGCACAGUAGGUGCUUGAAGGGGCUGGGUCACAUUUUUAGCCAAUGUUUGCUCUUACUCACUGGUUAUAGCGUGGAAUGAAUUGUAAAAAAUGAGCUGUCUCAAACUGUGGAAGAUUUUAUGAUCUUUCAAAAGAAAGACCUUUAAGUACUUGCAAGAGCAAGACAAAAAACAGCAUGUAGAUUGUAGAUUAAUUUAUUUACUUGUUUAACACCUUUUUUUAUUGUAAAUAUUAGUCUUGCCGCUUUUUUGCUAUGUACUAAAUUGUUUUUUUCUUUUUGUUAAUCUUGAAAUAUUUUAUUACUGCACGUAGGUUUAUACCGGCUGUUUUUUAUACUCAGCUGAUCUAUUUUUUGCAGUAUAAAUAAAGUAUUUAUUAAGAUUAUAAUAGUAAUAAUUAUAGAAAAGAAGAAGUGUGCGGACCAAAUGACAUAAGAUCAAGUAAUAAUUUUGUAUUUUAAGUGAACUUUAAGUUAUGCUCAGUGAAUUAUUUGUUAAGUUGCCUUCAGCUCAUUUUUUUUCAAGUUUUAAAAAAUUAUUUACUCUUUGCUUGAGCUCUGUGGCAGAGACAUGUUCAUUAUUCGAAUAUCCUGCUCUCCUAACUUUGUUAUUUUAAGAGGCAAGCCUGAUUCUCCCAUAGUUGAAAGCCAAGAGGAUAAUUAUCAUUACAUUAUUCCCCCCAUCCCCCACCCCAAAAAAGUAAAUAAAUAAAUGCCAUGGCCUUAAAACAUUUUGCAAAGUUCAUUGUAUGCCAAAGACCAUAAAUGUUACCUUUUUCUGUUCAGGUUAUUAAUGCAAGGACGAUUUCACAGCCAAACAAACUGCGCAGUGUCACACAGAAGAUUGCAUUGCAGAUUAAUUGCAAACUUGGUGGAGAACUAUGGGCCUUAGAUAUUCCUUUGGUUAGUUCUAAUUUUGUGUUUUUGACCACGCUCUCGGGGAGAGUGUAUGAUAAGUUUUAUUUUAUCAGAGAAGUAUCAUGGAAGUCAAUAAUCUUGGUGAGGAAAAUGUUGUUGAUUGACUUCACUAUAGUUAAUUAAUAUUGUACUAGUUCUUGUUUGUCUUUGCUCCAAGGUCUCUCUUUAAAACGUACAACCUCUGCACUGGCUUGUAAACUUUUGUUGCAAAGUUUUUCUUGGCCCUAACUGGCUUCCCUUGGGUUUCCAAGGAUUUCUUUUGUCUGAAUGAUGAUGUACGUGCAUAGACGAGUUCAAACCAUCCUCCAAAACCUAAUAAAUGUACUGCUAGAAAGUCAGCUAUUAGCUUGAAUUUUCAAGUAAAUUUGAACUACUUAACAUAAUUUCUUUGGGUUCAAUAUUUCCGUCAGUUGACAACCUAAUGCAGGCAGGACAAAUAUAGUUUGACUUAAACUAUAAUAAUAAUAUAUGACUUUAAUAAUAAUAUAUGUUAUUACAGUGGAACCCCUUUAAUGUGGUCACGAAUGGGUCAAAAAAACUUGGCCGCAUUAUCUACAAACAAUACAAAUUCAAAAUAGACAGACUGGCUCAAAUUUCAUCACUUGAGGGCCGUAAUGACAAGUACACCGUACAUCGCAUUCGCAUUUCUUGAACAACUGUUUGCAUUAAUAAACAACCGCAAUGAAGAUACUCGCGUUUAGUAAUUGAAAUGCUCCUCUACUUAACAGUGAACAAAACAAUUUAAAAAUUCAGCUAUAAAAUUGCAGCAAGUGCUCUUUGUGUGUACUGUAGUCUACAAACAGUACAAAUUCAAAGUAGACAGACUGCAAAUUAUAGUAGUUGCUAAAAAAUAUAUCUACGUGUCCCAACUGUUCAUCAGUAGGAUGCCUAAAAUGCGUGCAAUUCCACAAUUGGUUUCGGCUCCAUUAAAUCCUAUACCAAUUGCAGAACAUUUUAGGAGGAGCCACCCACCGCGUGAGCACAGUCGCGGACAGGCUCAUAGCACUAGGUCAAGAAAACUGACACGUCAUAGUCACUUUAAUUUUCUAAAUUUCGAACAAGUGGCCGUAUUAAAGGGGUGAAAUUAUAAGGGAAUCUACUGUUUGGGAUUUAAAAUGUGGCCGUUGGCCGUGUUAACGGGUGACCGCAUGGAAAUGUUUGGCCGUUUUGCUGGGCUAAAAAAAAAUGGGCGUAAUAUCGAGGUUACCGUAUUACCGAGGUGGCCUUUGGGCGUGGUUCCUCUGUAUUAAUAUUAUAAACUGUCAUGGUUCAUUAUCAACAGAAAAGCCUGAUGGUUGUUGGUAUUGAUGUGUAUCAUGAUGCCUCGCGUGGUGGUCGCUCAGUUGGUGGAUUUGUAGCAAGCAUGAACAAGCAUCUGACACGAUGGUAUUCUAGAGUGUGCUUUCAGUCACCGGGCCAGGAGCUUAUUGAUGGACUUAAAAUGGCUCUUACCGCGUCUUUGAAGAAGUACCAUGAGGUAAGUCAGUUACAGACUGUUCAAGUUUCUCUUGUUUGCCACAUUGGGGUAUAAGUGCAAUUCUUAUAGUGAGAAGAUUACACGAAACUUUAAAGCUGCUGUUUCCUUGUGAUCAAAACGAUUGUCUAGUCUUUCCUUUGUGUUUCCUAUUCUGCUUAAUCUGCCUAAUACCGUCAAGGGGGGUGUAGGUUUAACCUAUGAAGUUUAUAUUUAGGUCAACCACACUUUGCCAGACCGUAUAGUUGUCUUCCGUGAUGGUGUUGGUGAUGGACAGCUUAGAACUGUUGCUGGUUAUGAAGUAAAGCAGCUGUCUGAGUGUUUUGUCCAAUUUGGAGAGGCUUAUGAACCCAAGAUGGCUGUUGUUAUUGUGUCAAAGAGAAUUAAUGCAAGAAUAUUUGCAUCCCAGGUCAGUGUCUCAUCGCUUCCUUCUUUUCUAGUGUAACGAUGUUAUUUGUUCUGCAUCAUGUACUCCUGAACGUAUGAUAUUCCCUGCGGUAUUACCGGUAUAUUAUAGGACUAUAGAUUUAGGGGUCUUGCAGUUAUGUCAGUACAUGUUCUCUUAAUGUCAAAAAAGCAAACUCAAUUUUGGAUGAUGACAGAAAAAUGUCUGACCAUCAAUUUGUUUUGCUUGAAUACUGGCAACUGUCAGUAUACUUCUGUAGCAGACAAGAAGUUGUACUUCACCAUUUCAGAGCGUACCACCAAAUACAGUGGAAGCUCUCAUAACCUCGUAAGCGGACAUCCCUACUUAUGGCCUCAUUCACAGAACCCCUUUUUCCUGAACUCCCAUACAAACAAAGUAAGUAUUUUCCCAUUCCCGUAAGUGGCUGGCUUUAGUUAUGGACACCUUUUUCACGUCCAGAGGCUAACCGCUCAUGAGAGCUUACACUUUAUAAGCCAACAACAUGGGUUACGAGAUCAAAGUUUUGAUAAACACCGCUACUGUUACAGGGAAAUGGACCAAUGCCCAAGCUGGAUAACCCAGGUCCUGGUACAGUUCUGGAUCAUACUAUCACAAGAAAGGACUGGUAUGCCAUUAGCAGUAUAUAUCAGAGAGCUCUAGAUUCUAAGACCAAGACGACUACGAGUACGAGAUUUUCCUAAUACUAAGUAGUGCACGCGCGUGAACCAGCGUCAUUUUGGCGGGAAAAUGUAGUAGCCGCCGUUAUUCUACUACGGGUUUUAGCGAGAAUGUCGUAGUGGGGAAAAAAUGUUAGAAAUUUUAUCAUUUAGCGAUCGCCUUUGUCCUUCAUUCUAACCUUUGUCGGGUUUUAAGACCAAGAGACUACGAGUGUCGUGAACCAGCGUCAUUUUGGGGAAAAAAGCCGCCGUUAUUCUACUACGGGUUUGAGCGAGAAUGUCGUAGUGGGGAAAAAAUGUUAGAAAUUUUAUCAUUUAGCGAUCGCGAGAGGACUUUGCGUCCUUCAACGGAAAUAAGAAAUAAGAUUCUAAGACCAAGACGACUAACCUUUUUCUAAUACUAAGUGGUGAAAAAAAAUGUAGCCGCCGUUCUACUAGGGGUUUGAGCAAUUUUUAGUGGGGAAAAAAUGUUAGAAAUUUUAUCAUUUAGCGAUCGCGAGAGGACUUUGCCUCCUUCAACGGAAAUAAGCGUGCUAACCUUUGUGGUGAAAAAAAUUAGCCUUCCAGGGUGUCAAUUUUUAGAGAAUAGGCGAGAAAAAAAAAACGUCGCUGAGUGGAGGUGGGUGCCCGGGAUGUCCAGGGGCUUCCACCUAAGGCACGGCCAGCCCAUAGACAGAGUUACGCCCCCAUGGCUGGCAAACCCGCGCCCUCCAGCCAUGAGCCCCCACGCCAAUGGAACCAGGCACCCGUCACACUGAUUAACAGUGGAAGAAUUAGGAGGGGGAGGGAUGGGGGUAAAAGAAUGAUCUAAAGGCUAAACGAAGAGAAUGGCCGCCACGAAAACACUGUACUGAGCACAUGGAGGUGCUUGAGCCAAAAGACCGACCGCUGACCACGCUCGCUUUCCUUGUUGAUAACUCUGUUAAAUAAAUAUUUAUUUAACCUCAUUUAAAUGUUGUCCUCGUCCUCGAAUUUAAAGCUCUCUAAUAUUUUGUGUUGAUAAUUAUCAGCCAAACAUUUAAAGCAGUGUGUACCAGCAUGGUGUCCGGCGGGGAUAAAGGUAUUUAACAUAUGACAUCAUUGGGGUGAAGUCUGGUUGCCCAUUGUAAUUUUCGGUUUUGGUGUCAAGUCAGUUACAUUCUGUAGAACAAUAGCUAUGAACAGUGCGAUAUUUCAAUUUCCUAUUACUCUAUGCUCAACUCGUCAUUAUGUUCAUGUGAGGAGCAAAUUGAGCGGAAUAUUCUCUUAAUUAUAAGUGAAUUGAAAUGUGGCAAUUUGACUGAACCGCAGUGUAGUGACUUGGCUUUGUAUGGAAACGACUGGGAACCUGAAUUUUUCCAAGUGGAAGGACUGGCUGUGUUAAUAUUAUAUAUGGGGAGAGUUGAGUGAGCAAUACCUCCUUCAUCUAUGCUGUUAAUGUUUGGAAGGCAGAUGUCUCAAACUUUGAUCCAAAGUAGGUCAUGAAAACAGUAGCUACUCAGAAGAUCCAUUCGUGGAAGUGAUUGUUUUCUCCUCUGGUAUUUGCAGGUAUGACUUCUAUCUCAUCAGUCAACAUGUUCGUCAGGGCACAGUCACCCCAACUCACUACAUUGUUGUUUAUGACAAGUCCGAGUUAAAGCCGGAUUAUAUGCAACGGUAUGCUCCAUUUUUGUGUUAAAGGGAGGAUUUAUUUGUACUGGCUUUCUUUCUUUCUUUUAUACAACUCCUCAUGGAGGUACAAGAUGGUGUGAGUGAGUUGUUCGUUUUCUGUCAUCCCAGCUCCACUGUUUUCUUUAAUUCAGCGGCACAUGGGUCAUAAGGCAUUGUAUCCUUCAGUUGAUAAGCAGAAUAAUGAAAAAGUGAAGGUUCAAAAUUUUUCAUAUUUUUAUCAGCCUGUUUAAGCUUAAAUAUUUCAGCGUUCUAAGAUCGAUACUCAAAGAAGGUAAUCACGGUUUUUGCUUGCUUAGCGGGAAAUGGAAGAAUGAUUUACUUUGAACCGUAAAGUAGUGACUUGCAGUUAGAUUUGGAACAAAGUGGUUUGUUUGUACUACCCCCACUAAACAAAGUCCGAUCGUUUAACUAUUUUCAAAAAACGGGUUAUUAAAAAAGGCUGGUAACUAAAGACGUUAAAAACCAGUUGGUACAAGUCUGUGUGUAGCAUUAGCUAAGUUACGUUGAUAUAUUAGAUUCUCAUCAAGUUUAAUUGCAUUGUUCAACAGACUGUCAUACAAGCUCACACAUCUCUACUACAACUGGCCUGGUACAGUGAGAGUACCUGCUCCUUGCCAGGUAAGGAAACAAAGUGGUGGCGAUAGAUGCCGCUUCUUUUCACCAACUUCAGACUGUUCCAGCUGUUCAACAGGAAUUUGCAGCUCACCGAUUUUGUCAUUGCUCGCCAUGUUUCCUUCAUUUUCUCAACACACAUUUAUUAUUUUUAUUUAUUAUUUUGCGUUGAUGUAAUUUUAGUCCGCGGGUUUUUUAUUUUGUAGUCGAUAGUUCAAAUAGUUGACAUGGAAAUCGUGGAUGGAUAUGAAAAUAAUCAACUGAAGAUCGUAUCCUUUGAUCCGACCCAGGGUUCUCAUUUUUAAAGGAGGUGAUCACUGAAAAGUAAUCAAAAGCCAGAGGUGUCAAAACAAAGAAGAAAAGACUCACAAAGUUUUCUCUCAAUCGAUCCUAUUGAUCCGACCGGAUCCUUGAAAGUUGCUUUUGAUGUUGUAAACGCCUUUAACUUCGAGAUACGUUCGUUUACUUUUGUGUGUUCAUGUUUAAAUCAUAGCAGUGUACUUCUCAAACAACGCUUUUUAAGCUUGGGUUACCUGUUUCUAUCAGCAUGUCUCAUCUAACAACCGAUUUGCUUUUCCUUGACUUGCAGUAUGCUCACAAGUUGGCUUACUUGGUCGGUCAGAAUAUUCACAGUGAACCGUCAACCGAUCUUUCAGAUCGCUUGUUCUUCUUGUAG